UCGGCGCGCAUUCCUGGGCAGUGCUCAGCUGCCAGCAGCUGAUUAAAACCAUCUCUCUCGCUGUGAGUGGCUCAGGCCGCCGAAGGCUCGCGCGGGGCUCAAUAUUUAAGCGGAGCCGCCGCUGCGUCAGGGCGCUUGCCGGCUUCCCGUGGCGGGAUCAUGUGGGGAGAGGCGCGGCGCUGAGGCUGGUCAGAGUAGUAUGCCUGUCCGCUGCUAGCUGGAUUCCAGUCACGUUACCAAGUGCCGCAUUUGCUCCUGGAGUUGAGAAUGGCCUCUCUCACCAUGUCGAACGAAGUGGAAGCAACUAGUGGAAACAGUCCGCCUGCCCAGCAACAGGCACCACCAAAAACACAGCCUUUCAAAAAGGAGAAGAAGAAAGGACCAGAAAAGACAGAAGAAUUUCUCUUGGCCAGAUUUCAAGGUGAUGGUGUAAGAUACAAGGCCAAACUGAUUGGUAUUGAUGAUGUCCCAGAAGCAAGGGGAGACAAGAUGAGUCAGGAUUCAAUGAUGAAGCUGAAGGGAAUGGCAGUAGCAGCCCGUUCUCAAGGACAGCACAAACAGAAAAUAUGGGUGAACAUCUCUCUUGCUGGGAUCAAAGUCAUAGAUGAGAAGACGGGGGUUAUUGAGCAUGAGCACCCAGUCAACAAAAUAUCCUUUAUAGCCCGGGAUGUGACUGACAACCGUGCCUUUGGCUACGUUUGUGGAGGAGAAGGGCAGCACCAGUUCUUCGCCAUCAAAACAGCGCAGCAGGCUGAACCUCUAGUAGUCGAUCUGAAGGAUCUAUUCCAAGUAAUCUAUAACAUGAAGAAAAAAGAAGAGGGUGACAAGCGAAAGAAUGAAGAAGCCAAUAAACCUGUUGAGAAUGGCAGUGAUGAAACAGCUACUGAACGAGCCGACAAAAUAAAGCUGGGUGUGGAGCAGAUGGAUCUGUUUGGAGACAUGUCUACUCCUCCUGACCUGAACAGCCCCUCAGAGGAGGAUAAAGAGAUCCUGUUAGUGGAUUUAAAUUCUGAAAUUGAGGCCCCUCCGACUUCUCUCAAAGAGGAGGAUAUUUUCUUGAAUGACAUCGCGCCUCCCCUACCACUGUCCAAGCUGCAGCCACCUUUCUUGCCUGACAAUGCUUUCUCUGCAAAUCUCAGCUUCUUCCCCACCCCAAAUCCCGACCCUUUCAGGGAUGACCCUUUCACGCAACCCGACCAAUUGUCGCAGCCCCCAAUCGAUUCUUCUCUGAAGCCUCCCAGCCAGAAGAUGGGAAGUGUUGUGACUAGCCCCAUGGGGAGCGGUGGUAUGAAUGGGGAUGUAGACUACUUUGGGCAAGAGUUUGACCAGAUCUCCAACCGAACUGGCAAGCAGGAAAUGCCGGCCAGCCAGUGGCUGCUUGAGAGUAAGCCUGCCCAACUAGCCGCGAGGACUCCAAAUGGGGUGCCGGAGAGAGAACAGAACGGCUUCCCUGCCACAUCCCCAGUAAAUGUCUUUCUGGAGAGCUCUUCCAAAGGAUUACCGGUGCAAAAUGGAUUACGGCUAGACUCCGAUAGCAACGGCCAAUUGAUGUCGCAUGACUCUAUCACGAUUAGCCCACCUCCCCAAAGCACCAAGCCAGGAAGAGGAAGGAGGACUGUUAAGGGUUCAGCCAGUAGUGACCUGUUUGGCUCAGGCAUCUUUGCUCCUGCAACAAGCACUCUGACAACUGCAGCGCCGCCUCCACCUGCACAGACCAACCCUCUAGACCUCUUCAACACUAGUGCUCCUGUAGCAGCACCCAUGCCUGUACUAGGUGGCCUGCCCUCAACUGCUUCUCCAACACCAGCCUGGGGUCCCCAACCUGCAAUCUUCAACCAACCUUCUCCAGCCUUUCCUGGAUCUGUUCUGGGUGUUCAGCCAGCAAGCUUCCCUCAGCCUCUUGGCUUUGACGCUGCUCCACAAGCUCCCAGCUGGAGUCAGCCACCAUUGUCCUUGGGAGCCCCAAUCCAGGCUCCAGCUACCGAUCUCUGGGGUCAGCCUGUACGGGUUCCUCCUCCUAAUGCGUGGGCCCAGCCCUCCAGCACUGGGAACCCUUUCCAGCCCUCCAUAUUCCCACCUCCGCUCACAUCCCAGGGCCCCUCUCUGUUGCCUGCUAGAAGCCCUCCUCAGUUGCCUCCCAGAACUGCACCUCAGAAGGAGUUGCCCAAGAAGGAAAGCGAUGCCUUCACUGCUUUGGAUCCGCUCGGUGAUAAGGAAAUAAAGGAUGUAAAAGCCAUGUUCAAAGACUUCCAGCUGGCGAAACUGCCCGCCGUGCCUGCGAGGAGGGCAGAGCAGCAGCAACAACAAGUGCCACCAAAUCCUGUUCUCAGGCCAAACGCUGUGCCAACUGCCAAGCCUGCUGAAGACCUAUUUGAAAACCCUUUCAAGACAGACCCUUUCGCUGUUCCAUCGCUAAACUCGACUGCCGUGCCGCACCAGCUGGCUUCUGCUCCAUUUGGUGAUCCUUUUGGAAACCCGUUUGCGUAAGCUUGAUAGGAAUGAGUGCAAACCAGCAGAGGAAUAACUGGACUGCCCAUGGUGCAAGGAUGUGAUGAAUAACUGGAUACCCUCCCCUGUUACUGUCUUCACUCUGCAUGCAUUAUCUGCCUCAUUCUUCGCCAUCCACCUUUGGAUUGCAGUACGGUGCAAUGAGUCCUUGGAUUGUAGCCAUCGGAAGCCGAGGGAAGGAAUCUGCUAGAGACCAAACUGGAAUUGGGUGGCGAACUUCAGCCCAAGUGGAUUUAAGUAACUGAACACUGUGGUGUCUCCUAGGCCUUCAGCCAACUUCACAUUUUGUCAAGGCUUGGGUGAACCUUGGCUGUCAUUGGGGCUUUUACUGAACUUCCUUCUAGGAUGAGAAACUGCACAGACUAAUAUUCACCUCCACACAAGGGGAAAGAACCGGGAUAUGAAUUCGCAGCACUGAGUCACCUAGAACAUAAAAUGGUCUCUUGUACGUCUCCCAGCCUUAACUGCAAGCUUUAAAAACCAGACAGAACUCAAUUUCACACCCUCUCUGCCUCCACCAAUGUCAAAGUGAAAGCAUGUUUGAAUUGUUAUGAAGAUCAUUCAAUACCACCUUUGACUUGUAAUGGGGAGGUUCCAUGGACUUAAUGUCCGCGCAGGCUGGCUGUGGUCAUAGUCAAGAGACACACAAGCAACACCUUGGAAGUGAUUUUUUUUCAAUGCAUCUAGUGUGUUGACUAUUGACCCUCUAGCAAGAUUCUUCAAACCAGGGUUGAAAAAGGAUGGAUGCAGAAAUAGAUGGGUGUCCUUUCAAGAAGGGGGUGGGUCCUGUGAAUGUACUAUCACUUGUAACAAUUGAAAAGCAACUGUACUUGGAGCAAGCAAAAAUUGCAAUCAUGGCAAUCAAGGUUUAGUAGAGCUAGAACUCUAUGCAGAGUGACAAUGCAUUAAAACAAGGGGCUUAAUAACAAACUGAGCAGAACUGAUGCAAGAGCAUUGUGUGUGUCUCCUUUACAGCGUUUAUCAGCUUGAAAAUGGUAUCCAUGUUUAAAUGGCUAGAUAAAUGCAUAAUGGGAGAUCUGCUUUCUAGUAAACACUUUGUCUGUAGUGACCUGUUCUGCCGGUGAGUUAUGCAAUCUGCUCUGUACAUAUUCUACUGCACUUUUCCUGUAAUGCAAAACAAAGCUAUCAAUUUAUAUGUAUUUGUCUCUGACUGGAAAUGUAGGAAUUUUUGGAUUGUGUUACAUUGUAAAAAGUAUUCAAAUA